ACGUUUUCUGUAGAAGAAAAACGCUAAACCGUCUGUAUUCUGGACUCGUGUGCACGUCUGUAUUUAUUAUGCUUUAUUAUUAAUGUGUUUCCUGAGUUUGGUCUUUUAAAAACAUCACAUGAUGUCUAAUCGGUAGCUGCUUCAGAGGUAUCGUUAAUGUAUCGUAUCGUUGGCGAUACAUAAAGCUGCGAAUUGCAUCGACCUCAGUAAUGGAGCUGCGCAUCGCUAACACACACACACACACACUCUCACACACACGCAUGUUGGAGGGGAGCGUGAACGCUGCAGGAGUGCAGUCUCACGUGUGAGUGGGCUUUUUCGCGCACCGCCGCUUUAAUGUGCACGCGGAUCCGCGCAGCUGCGUGUCGCUCGUGAGCCUCCGCCGCUGCUCGCGCGCGCGCUUAAAGGAGACGCAACAAAGCGGCGCUGAGGUCGGAGCAGGGCCGCGUCUCUCCUCCAGACUGCUUCACUAUCGCUUUAAGAGCUCCGCGGAUCCACGCGACGCUUUAUUUUAGCGCAGAGUUCUAACUAAAAGUUUGUGGACGACGGGAGAAGAAGCAGGAGGAGUGUGCGGGGAGAUCAGGGCUCGAGGAGGAACAUGUCCGUGUGCAGGAGCAGGGCCUUUCAUAACCGAAGCGCUUACACGGGUUUUGAUCGUGUCUUCGUGGUUUCAUGUCCGCUUGGAUGAAUUAAAAACCCCGAGUAGUGCACUGGUAUUCGGUCGGGGUGUUUUGGGGGGGAUGAUGGAAGUGCAGCGAGCGGAUAAAGAGACGCGGGAGGAUGCAGACGAGGCCGCGCUCACAUCCCCGGACUCGAGUGUGACCCGCACGCCGCGCAGGGCGCUCCGGGGCCGGGGGGCGACUCGCGCGAACUCCGCCGCUCCGUCCCCGGAUACAAACGGCACCCCGAGCACUGCCGGAUCCGGACGGGUUCUGCGCGACCGCUCCACGCGAUCCGUCCCCGUGUGGAGGAGGAGAGACCUCGGAGUCGACCAGGACGGUGAUGAUGUUAACGAUGAUGAUGAUGAUGAGCAGCAGCAGGAGGAGGAGGAGGAAGAUGAAGCGGAAGCUCGUCGCCGGAGAAAGACUUCGUGUCCGCGGCGCAAGAGGAACGCAGAAGCAUCCAGAGAAAGCAAAGCUCAGUGUGGAGACAGUAAGGAUGCUGCAGGAACUCGAGGAAGCAGGCGAGCACAGAGCCGCAGCAGGACGCCGUCGUCUCGAGGACUUCGGGGUUCAGCGCGGGUCGUGUGUAAGAGCGAGCCGGAGACCGAGAACACCUGCGAAGAAAAAGAAACAAAAACAACCGAGAAGAAGACAAGCACUGACGAGAAGAGUGAGAUCGAGGUGGUGCUGGGUGAGGAAGCACCUCUCUUCACCGACAACCAGAAGGACCAAACAUAUGAGUCUCAGGCCCAGAGUGAGGAUGAUGAAGGAGUCAGCAGUGAUGAAGACGUGCCCUUUAAGGACGACCUGAAUGACCAGAGCUACGACCCAAAGUCUGGGAGAGACGGUCAGAAGCAGAGGCGCAGAGCUCCACCACGGCCCAGAGAGAAGAAGGAGAAAGCAGCUGGAGGAGAGAAAGAAAAGGAGAAAGAGACGGAGGUGAAAACAGAAGGAGUGGAGAUGACCGAUGUGAAGCAGGAGGUCGGGGAGGGGGCGGAGCCACCCAGGAAGAGAGGACGACGGCGAAAAGACGACAAAAGCCCCCGUCUUCCCAAGAGAAGGAAGAAGCCGCCGGUGCAGUACGUUCGCUGUGAGAUAGAGGGAUGUGGAACGGUUCUCGCUCAUCCACGCUACUUACAGCAUCACAUCAAAUAUCAGCACUUAAUGAAGAAGAAGUACGUGUGUCCGCAUCCGUCCUGUGGCCGUCUGUUCCGCCUUCAGAAACAGCUCCUGCGGCACGCCAAACACCACACCGAUCAAAGGGACUACAUCUGUGAGUUCUGCGCACGUGCGUUCAAGAGCUCUCAUAAUCUUGCUGUGCACCGCAUGAUACACACUGGAGAGAAACCACUGCAGUGUGAGAUCUGUGGCUUCACCUGCCGUCAGAAGGCCUCCCUGAACUGGCACAUGAAGAAGCACGACGCAGACGCCUCGUACCAGUUCUCCUGCGCCAUCUGCGGCAAGAAGUUCGAAAAGAAGGACAGCGUGGUGGCUCACAAAGCAAAGAGCCACCCGGAGGUCCUGAUCGCAGAGGCGCUCGCCGCAAACGCCGGCGCCCUGGUCACCACGGCGACGCCGACCGCCCCUCAUGUGGGCCCGGUCGUGCUGCUGGACCCGGAGCCGUCUCUGCACGCCAUGCAGGUGCCCGUCACGCUCACGCUGCCCUCUACUGACGAGCCCAAGAGCGAACCGGGAGGGGGCGUGGCUUCGGCAUCGCACCCGACUCCUUCCAAUCAGACGCUGCGGUUUGUCUCCGCCCCCGUGUCCCAGCAACAGCUAAGCGUUCAGGCAUCCCCACAGAUCGUCCACAUGACCUUUACCACCCUCUCACACCCUUCUCAGCAGCUCCCCCUGCUGUCCGUCACACAUCAGCUUCCCCCCAGCACUAGCUCCGCCCCCUCCGUCUCACUCCUCCCACAGAUCACCUCUGUUGCGUUCUCCGCCGAACCCGCACCUCCUCCACCUCCUCCUCUUUCCUCCGCCUCUUCUCCGCACCCUCCUCCUGCUGACAGGAAAGAGGGCGGGGCACUCUGGGAGGGAGGGACUGGCAAUGUGGGUGGGGUUUGGGAAGCAGGCGGGGCCGGCGAGUUGUGACGGACAGCUCAGACGGGACGAUACAAGUAGUGAUGGAGAUUAGAUUUUCAUGAAGGAAUUUUACGACCGUGGUAACCAUGGAAACCCACAUAAAGGACAAGUGGAUACACUGAACGUAGGAUAGCUAGCGGUUAGCUAGGACGUGUUUGAACAUCUUGCAUCUUUUUUUUUUUUUUUUUAAAGGAAGUUCAUGCUACUGGAUAAAAAUAAAUUGCCCAUAAUAAUAAUAAUAAUAAUAAUAAUAAUUAACGAUCAUCAACGACGGGAACGUGCUUCUCACUGCCUUUAACCGCUGCGACACGUCAUUCCGAGUUUCUGAGACGUGAAAGUGUGUUGCUGUAAUUUCCAACACGUCCUGAACCCAUUCCUCCUCAGUGAACUUCCUCUGAAAAUCUACAGGACUUUAGAUCUAGUGUGUACUCGGACUAAACUUUUGCUAGGUUUCUAGACGUGUGUGUGUGUGUGUGUGUGUGUGUGUGUGUGUGUGUGUGUGUGUCAGAAUGUUCUCAAUGUGUUUUUUUUUUUUGUACAUAAACACAUUUUUAUUUUGGAUAUUUAAUUUCCUACAUGUCCGCUGUAAUUCUUGAGUCCAUUUGGAAGUUUUUUUUGUCUUCCUUCCUGUGCUUUUAUUUUUUUCAUCUGAACACUGAAAGCGAUAAUCUUCUAAUACCGGGCCUCUGCUAGAUUUCUAAUAGACGUGUAAUAUGUUUUUUUCUUUCCUCAUUCAUGUUCUUGUUUUGGGGGGUAUUUAUUAUUAAAGCCACGUGUCUCCUGUAUCCUAAACGGGACUGAACUAGUAGCCGUUUGCUUUCCUCCGUGUGAGCAGCAUUAGGAUUUCGUAGCUCUGAUGGAAAUAAGGAAACGUAGCGUCAAAGAUAAUUGUGCAGCGGAUCACAAAAGUCAUUUUUCGGCUCUGCGGAAAAAAAAGGGGGAGGAGACAAAUUUAAUUAACUUUCCAUUUACAGCACGGAAAUGUUCCCAUACGUGUGAUGUGAUGUGAAUAAUUCUAAAGACUUGAAGUUCUUCUGCUCCUCUGAUAGGUGUGGGUGUAGUUACCAAUCUACUAAAAAAGAAAUAUCAAAACAUUUUUCAUCCUGGGAUUGUUAGAAAAUACUGAUUAAUCCGCGGUUCACGUGUCAAACGAUGAGUCGUGAUCCCUGCGGAUCAGCUGUGAUCUGUUACACUUCUAGUCAAAGAAGAAACCUGGAGUUUUGCAACAUUUUUAUUCAUUGAUUAGAUUCAUUGCUGAUACAGUGCUGAACAUCACACAUCUGGUGUGUGUGUGUGUGUGUGUGUGUGUUUUAAGUCAUUUUACACUAAAUAGAAAAUAAAAACACACACACCCACACACACACACACACUCCAGGAAGGGUUUGAACAGAUGCUACAUUUUAUAUAAAUCUCUCAGUCUUACUAAUCAUGUACAAUAAACAUGUCUACACUCUU